ACCUCUGCAGUCUCGUGUGUCUCUCCUGCUGCGGCAAACGAACGAACGAAUCGCUACGACUUCCGCGCUCAACAGUCUCACCUGACAUCGGAUAGUGUGUGAACCGGUUCCUUGUCGCGUCGCGAGUUACCCGAGGGGAGAUUGGCUCGAUCUUUCACUUAGUGAUAGCCAUUAAUUUCUUCUCUCGAAAGCAGUCUUAAAAUCAGUGCGUGUGUGUGUGUGUGUGAAUUGUUUCUGCACGAUCCUCCUCGUCUAACUCCGACGCGGAUAAGAUCAACAGGGACGGCGUGAACCAUUCGUUGCUUAUUUAUUGCAAUCCCAUCCCGCUGGCCGUAGUUUGUGAUUUGUUUUGCUCUAAAUGAAUCCGUCACUGUGAGUGGGUGUGUUUUUGUGUGCCUUUUUCUCAAUAGGGAUCGCAAUCCCAACCACUGGAGCAACAGAACCUCGUGUGUGUGCGCGGAAAUAAUGCUAAUAACGGCCCGUGAGCGUCCGUGUCGAUCGAACUCAAUCGAUGAGAGAUCCUCGUGCGUGCUGUGAUAGUAUAGUUUAAAGUAAACGAGUGAAAAGCGUACAUGCGCUGCUGUAGGCCGUAGUUUCCUUCGCUUCUCCCACGGCUUCUCCAACGAUGGAUACGCAGGAACAGAACCAGGUGGAAAUACAGUCAGUGAACCCGGUACCGAACAGGCGCCCGAUCAACGAUCUGCACUAUACCGCCAUCAACAGUAACUUCCGGCAGCAGAGCAAGCUAAACAGUGGUAGCAACACAUCGCCACCGGGCAGCUCCGCCGGUGGUAGUGAGGAAACGAAGGCCUUACUUCCGACGGUGGGGCCAAGUGGGCGCAAGUUUGUGAUCGUACCAUGCCAGACGGGUGGAGCGAUCGGAGACCCAGGUGGAACGGUCCCUAGUGGCAGUGGUGGUGUGAAUGGGGCCCCGAUAGUGAAGGUAGAACCUGGUGAGGGUUCGCUGUCGAGUGGACCGAGCUCGAUCACAGUGCCCACGGCACCCGUUGGGACGUAUUUGAAGCCGAAAUAUUUCAACAGUCUACGAUCGGUACGAUCAGCGAACGAUCCGCAAGGGUUGGCGAAUGUGCAGCAGCCGCAAACGACGAUCGCCCGCAGCGGUUCGUACAUAUUCAGCGAUGUCGGAGGUACGCCGCGGCUGUUUUCCGAUGCCACCUCGAUCCGAUCGCUCGCCUCGAUCGGGAUGGGAUCGACCGAUGGGCGGCGUAUGGUCAUCCGGCGGGUGCCGAACUCACCGAACGAGCUGCUCACCAUGAUUAACCCACCGACCCCACCCGAUGAAACGUACGAGAAUGAAAGCUACGGCGGCAUGUCGGAUGAUUCCGAUCUUGAUAAUCUCAAACCGCGCAAGCAGCACUGGGCGAACAAGAUGCAGUUCGUGCUGGCCUGCAUCGGAUACUCGGUCGGGCUGGGAAAUGUGUGGCGAUUUCCGUAUCUGUGUUACAAGAGUGGAGGAGGUGUGUUUCUCGUGCCCUACUUCAUCAUUCUGCUGAUCUGUGGAAUACCCAUGCUGUUCAUGGAGCUGGCCGUCGGCCAGUAUACGGGCCGCGGACCGAUCGGUGCACUAGGGCAGCUCUGUCCACUGUUUAAAGGUACCGGUCUGGCGAGUGUGGUCGUUUCAUUCCUAAUGUCCACGUACUACAGUGUGAUCAUUGCGUACGCAAUCUACUACUUCUUCACCUCGUUCCGGCCGGAGCUCCCGUGGACGGACUGUUCGCACCGCUGGAACACACCGGACUGCUGGAUACCGGAGCGCCUGAAGCACAACCUGACGCGCCCCGACAUGUCCCGCACACCGACGGAGGAGUUUUUCGAAAAUAAAGUGCUUCAGAUAAGCCACGGCAUUGAGUAUCCGGGUGCGAUGCGCUGGGAGCUGGUAGCGUGCCUGGUCUGUGCCUGGAUACUGGUGUACUUUGCCAUCUGGAAGUCGAUCAAAUCGUCGGCGAAGGUACGCUACCUUACCGCCACCCUGCCGUUCGUGCUGAUUGUCGUAUUUCUUGGCCGCUCGCUCACACUGGAAGGAGCGGACAAGGGACUGCACUACUUCUUCCGCCCGAACUGGGAGGAGCUGGGUAGGGCUAACGUUUGGAUCAAUGCCGCAGCGCAGAACUUCAACUCGAUCGGUAUCGCCUUCGGUUCGAUGAUAUCGUUCGCCAGCUACAACAAGUACAACAACAACAUCCUGCACGACACGCUGGCAGUGUCGUUUGUGAAUGCCAUCACCAGUCUGCUCGUUGGCAUCUUUGCCUUUGCAACGAUCGGUAACAUAGCGCUCGAGCAGAACACGACGGUCGAGAACGUGAUCAGCGGUGGGCCCGGGUUGAUCUUCGUGGUGUAUCCACAGGCACUGGCAAAGAUGCCGGCCGCUCAGCUGUGGGCCGUACUGUUCUUCUUCAUGCUGCUUUGCUUGGGUUUGAACAGUCAGUUUGCGAUCGUCGAAGUUGUGGUUACCUCCAUACAGGAUGGAUUUCCGCGGUGGAUCAAGCGCAAGCUCGUCUACCACGAGCUGCUGGUGCUGAUCGUGUGCGUCGUCUCGUUCUUUGCCGGGCUGCCCAAUCUCAUACAGGGCGGGAUCUACUUCUUCCAGCUGAUCGAUCAUUAUGCGGCGUCUGUUUCGAUCAUGUUUCUGGCCUUCUUUGAGACGAUCGCGAUUGCCUGGUUCUAUGGCAUCAAUCGGCUGUCGAAGAACGUAAAGCAAAUGACGGGUCGGUAUCCGUCGUUCUAUUUGCGGUUCUGCUUGCUGAUCGCUGUCCCACUGCUGUUGAUCUCACUGUGGAUAUUUAGCUUGAUCAACUACGAAGCGCCAACGUAUCACAACGGAAAGUAUCACUAUCCGGGCUGGGCCCACGGGCUUGGAUGGACCAUUGCCUCCGCGUCCUUGGUUUGCAUUCCAUCCUAUGCCGUGUAUCAGAUCGUUCGCGCUGAGGGCAAUACGUUCGGCGAGAAACUGUUAAACACACUGAAGCCAAACAUCUACGAGUGUAAAAUAUGUGGUGAACAUCAUUGCGAUCAUGACUUUCCCGAUGAGGAACUGGGACCGGAAAUGACAAUCGUGGAGUCAACAUCCGGUGCUCCGCUCAUACUGCAGCCGCCUCCUCCCGGACAUCUACAGUACACACAGCUGCAGCAGCAACAGCAGCAUCAACAGCAACAUCAGCAAUCACAAGACGAGCCAAUGCUGCGUACCACCAAUACUAACAGUCCUCCUCCAACCACUAACGGUCCACAGAAUUCAAACUCUAACGGCGAUACGCGAUGAUCCCCUUUGGUGCAAAAACCGUUGAUCGUACCAAUGACAAACAAAACAUUGGAAAAUUUAACCCAUUUCUAGGUAAUUGUUUAGCAUUACAGAUAAAAAACACAGCAAACCCCCAACCCCAACGUGUGCGGAUAAAAGACAACUCAAUAAUUUUAGUUACAAACAGUGUGUCACCACCAUCCACCCCAAACUUAGUUACCAUAUUACGUGAGCACGUGAUCGUGCAUUCGUCGUGAAAGGCACCAUUCUAAUCCAUUAUCCGUAGACGAUCGAGGCACGAUCGCUACGAUGCCGUGUUCAUGCCUGUUUGCUCUUGGCAGCGAUACGAGCCAAUGAGCGAGUCUAGCGUUUUGGGGCGUCGUUACCUGGGCAAUCAUUGUACCAGGCUUUCUUUCUUUCUACUAGCGUGUAAUAUCGUGCAGGCUCCAAGAGCUUGCCGCUUCGUCGAUGGUUGUGUAGAGAAUUCGGAAUCGUUCGUUAAUGUUUUAAUUUCUUCAGUGACAAACCAAGUUUAGUCGUGGCCUAGGAAUAGAACGAAUAAAAAGAUGUACGAUAUUUGUAAAGCCCGGCUAGGCUCGGUUUCUGGAAAGUAAUAAAGUCAGAAUACUAAA